UCUCUUGUCUCUCACCUGCUGCUCGCCAAACUUCUGCAACUCGUGAGGACAUCCAUGGAAAUGCCCCAUUUUCUUCGGUUUUACCUCAAUCGGACCUUGCUUUCUUCCUCUUCGUCUGUGUUUCUUAGCUCACCCUUUUUCCAAUCUCCCAAAUCGGUCGCGGUUCUCAAGAUUUCGAUGCUUUUUUGAGCUUUUGUCAGGCGUCAAUCUUCUUCUCUGAAACUUGGAUUUUUUUUUUUUACGGAUUGAGUCCUGGAACCACCUUCUCUUGUUGGAGUUUGAUGUGUCUAUCUCUUUUUCGCGAUGCUCCGACUAAUCUACGCAGUCAAAGCUGUGGCUUGGUGCCUCUCGGCGCUCUCGAGCUUGGAUCACUGUUUGUUCGACUUCGUCUCUGAUCUGUCGGCAGAUAUUCACAGCUCUCCGCUUUCUGGGUUCUUCUCGGUUUCUUCUAAUCCCCACUUCUUCUUCGUCAGGGUUAUUUGAUUCCCGAAGCUGGAAAUCAGCAGGGAAUUCCACGGUUGAGCUGUUUCCGUAGUUCUUACACGAUCAAUGCUUCGAUCUUCGUUUGGAUAGAUAAUACCUUUUUCUUAGUUUUUUUCUCUAGAAGUUGUAAUAUAGAGCAAGGCUAUUGUUCUGAAACUAUGCAUUGGAGCUCUUGAAAGUUGAAAACUUGCCUUAGGGUUUCCACGGGACCUCAGACCUCUGAAACGAUGCCAGAUUUCUUUUCGUUGGUAGAUUUUUGUGUGACGUAAGAAGGGUUCCGGGCCGGGUCUUUGGUGCUGUUUUGGAACCCUUUUUGUAGCUUCAACAAUGUGUGAGAAUGGUCGGCAUUUCGUCGAGUGGAAGGAACAUUUUGUAUCACAGGAGCGUGGAAAUCGUAUUGUUCAUUAUUUUCUGAAGGAUUCUUCUGGUGAAUCCAUACUAGCUGUGGUGGGUACUGAGAGGAGUGUUAGGCACAUGUUUUACGUUGUUUCGGAGGAGUUUGUGCGUGUUCAUGGUGCUGGGAAUUCGAUCCAUGCUGGGUUCAAAUGGAGAUCAAGAAGAGAGGUUGUGGAUUGGCUAACUUCAAUGCUGUCUAAGCAGAAUUCACAAGGCAACUGGUCGAAAUCACCAAAAUGUGAUUCGGAGGAAUCUAAUGGAUCUCCAGAAUUGCCGAGUAAUGGAGCCAUUGUUCAGCAAACUCACGAGAUGGGUCGCCCUCCCCUUAGCUUGAGUGUACACAAUUGGGAGAUUGUUUGGUCAGGAACCUCUUGGAUUUGUGGUAAACAGCUCAAACAUUACCCUUCCUUUUGCAGGAAUGGUACGUUGAUAAAGGUUCAAUCUUUUGUCUUUGUCAUGGGAAAGGGGGAGGACCGUUAUAUUGCGUAUCUCGAAGAUAUGUAUGAGGACAAGAGAGGCCAGAGAAAGGUCAAAGUGAGGUGGUUUCACACCACGGAAGAAGUGAAGGGUGCUGUUUCUCUUAAAAACCCGAAUCCAAAAGAGGUUUUCAUCACACCUCAUUCACAGGUCAUCAGUGCAGAAUGUGUUGAUGGUCCUGCCACUGUCUUAAACCGGGAGCAUUAUGAGGAGUGUAUGGCUUCUUUCCCUGCUUCUCUGUUAGGAAGGGUAUAUAUGUGCUUUAGGCAGCUAAGGAACAAUAAAGUCAAACCUUUUGACUUGAGUAAAUUGCGCGGAUACUUUGACCAACCCAUUAUGUCUUGCUUGACUUCUGCCCCUUUGUUGGAGGCUGAUCCUGUAGACCAUGCCCUGAAUGGAGAGGACGGGGAGCAUUGUGAGGGUGAGCAUGUACAGACAGGUACAAAGAGGACCAAGAAAAAACAAGUGAGACGGAUUUCUGAAUAUCGAUCGAUAACGUAUGAAUCUUCACGCAAGAAACUCAAGCAUGGUGGAUCAGGCGAGGGGUUUCUUUCCCUGAUCAAUGUUGGGAAACAUGCUUGGUACAAUGGAAUGCUUAAGGCUGAUGCAAAAAUAGAGUUGAUGUGUCAAGAUAGUGGUAUAAGGGGCUGCUGGUUUAGAUGCACUGUUCUUGAAGUUUCCCGGAAACGGAUAAAAGUCCAGUAUGAUGAUAUACUGGAUGAAGAUGGAUAUGGGAACCUUGAGGAAUGGGUGCCGGCUCUUAAGUUUGUCAUGCCUGAUAAGCUCGGUAUAAGGUCCUCUAACCGUCCAACAAUUCGGCCUGCACCCAUUGAUGUUAGAACAUCAAACAGUGUUCCCACAGUGGGAACAGCUGUUGAUGCAUGGUGGAGUGAUGGCUGGUGGGAAGGUGUUGUGACAUCAGUGGACAACCCAGACGUAGAGAACUUGCAAGUUUAUGUCCCUGGAGAAAGCUUAUUUUUAACCAUACACAAAAGGGAUGUAAGGAUAUCCCGGGAUUGGGUCGGGAGCAGCUGGGUUGAUAUCAAUCCUAAGCCUGAAAUACUACUCUCUAUUGUAUCUUCUGCUGUUAGUCCGGAAGCCAAGGUGUCCAUGUCAUCCACUCUUUCGAAAUAUGCCAAACCGGACGAGCCUGUUGCUGUGCUAAAUAUGUUCGAGGAAGCAAAACCCGAGUGCCCUUCAGGGAAUAACCUUCCAAUGGAAACGAGCAAAGAGAAAAAGGAUGAUGGAGACGGUGUGGAAGAUGUCCAAAUCCAAUCUUCGAAAGAAGAUAAAGAGAUUUCGAGUAACAACAGUAAUACGGGUGGCAACCAUGAAACGGACAAUAGAUCAGAAUGAUUGCUACCCUUCUUAACAAUGAGAAGGGCAGAAGGCAAAAGUGGCCAAUGCCCUUUUCAAAGACUACUACCAUGCUGGUGACAACAUAAAGAUGUGCUUUUGAGAUCAUGAUGACGAUGAUGAUGUAUGAUGAUAUAUAAAGGUAUGCGCCCUCUAUGAUUCUGAAACUUUGAUAAUUUUGUACAUAAAUGAAUGGCAGGGCUUGCUGAAGUCAUUCUGUGGUUUUUGUUUUGGGCAUGGCUCGGUUGGCUUCGGGGGGGAUAAUGGUAGGUUGUACAGAAAAUUGAAGGGGGUUAUUAGAUUUUGGUGGUUAUGUGUUUGUUUUAACCAUAUCUAAGCAUAGGAUUUUAGGAAUGGGAAUUUAGGGUUUAUGAUCUGAGACUAUCUCAUUUGGACUUGUUGGCUCCUAGCUCUGUAUCACUUGUAACAAAGCUGUAUCUGCAUGUAAUGCCAUUGCCAGUAUUCUCUAGUUCACGUUCUCUACCUGCA